AUGAGUGGCUAUCAAGGGAGUCAGCUGACGUCUGAGAUCGUAAGUGCAGCUGUUGCGUCAUUCAACCAAUUUAUUGUCGAAAUUCCACCAGAGAAUAGGCUGGACACGAUGAAUAUCAUCCCUCACAUUGACUCUCUGCACAUAGUUAUCGAUCAAUGUUUGUCCACAGAGCGUCUAUUUCAGGUCCAAGGAAUCGCAGAAAAAUUCAAAAACCUUGGCGAGAUUUGCCGAAUUCACUGCGAAUUUGUCGUCGGUAAGAAAUAUGUAGAACAUUGCCUCGCAAUUCAGCAACGGCUGCUGGGCGUCAACCACGUUGACGUCGCAGCCAGCUACACUGCGUUAUCUUCAAUUUACAAAGACUUAUGGGACCUUGAAGAGGCGAAGGAUUAUCAGCAAAAGGCUUUAGAAAUCGAAAUCGAGAAGCUUGGCGGUGAACAUGUUACUGUCGCAAAGAGUUACAUUAAGUUAGCUAAAAUUUUCAUGGAACUAGAUGACCUUGCGCAAGCCAAAGAGUAUCAGCAACGCGCCCUAGAAAUCCAAAUCGAGACGCUUGGGGGUGAACAUGUUACUGUCGCAAAGAGUUACAGCAAUUUAGCUGUAAUUUUCAUGAAACUAGAUGACCUUGCACAAGCCGAAGAGUAUCAGCAACGCGCUCGAGCCAUCAAAAUCAAGAAGUAUGGAAUGGAGCAUGUUUCUACUGCAACGAGUUACGACUUCUUUGCUUUGAUUCACAAGCAGUUGGGCAACCUUAACAAGCCAUGGAGUAUCAGCGACACGUCCUAUCCAUCAAAUUUAAGAUGCUUGGUGCUGGGCAUGUUUCGGUUGCAAAAAGCUAUGGUAUCCUUGCUUUGAUUAAUAAAGACUUAGGUGACCUUGAGCAAGCUAAAGACUACCAGCAACGUGCUUUAGCGAUCAAACUUGAGAAGCUCGGUACUGAACACGUUUCUGUUGCAAAGAGCUACUGCAAUUUAGGUCUAAUUCACAAAGACCUUGGUGACCUUGAACGAGCAAUGGAAUAUCAGCAACGUGCUUUAGACAUCAAACUGAAGAAGUUUGGUGCUGAAAAUGUUUCUGUUGCAACCAGCUACAGUAACUUUGCUCUUAUAUACAUGGACUUAGGUGAUUUUGCGCAAGCCAAAGAGUAUCAGAGACGAGCUCUCAGUAUCGAACUUAAACAGCUUGGUGCUAAACAUAUUUCUGUGGCGAUUACAUGACCUCAAUCAAGCAGAAAAGUAUCAAAAACGAGCUGUGGAGAUCAAACUCAAGAAGCUCGGUCCUGAAUAUGUUUCCGUGGCAACGAGCUACAGUAACUUAUCUUCUAUUUACAAGGACUUCGGUGACUUUGAGCAAGCUGAAGUGUGUCAGCAACGUGCUUUAGCGAUCAAACUGAAGAAGCUUGGAGCAGAGCAUGAUUCUGUCGCAACGAGCUACAGUCACUUAGCGUCAAUUCAUCAAGGGCUGGUUGACUUUGAACAAUUCAAGAAGUACCAUCAACUUGCUCUGGCGAUCAAACUUAAAAAACUGUAA